CGGCGGCGCCCCAAUCGAGCUCCCACUGCCAAAUGCGCCCCCCAAAUCCCUCGACAAAAUCCCCAAUCCUCAUGGCGCCGAGCCUGCCUCCGCCGCGACGCCGCCGCCGCCGGACGCCGUCGCCGGUAGACAACGCCAUGCGCGAGAUCUUCCUGCGCCUACCGGCGGACGACCCCGGGAGCCUCGUCCGCGCCGCCGCCGUCUGCAGGAGCUGGUUCCGCAUCCUCUCCGACGAAGCCUUCGCCCGCGAGUACCGCGCGUUCCGGCGGGCGCCGCCCAUGCUGGGCUUCCUCCACAACCAACCCCCCGUGUACAAGCGACCCUCCUGGGUCUCCCACUUCGUCUCCACCACGACCUUCAGCCCGCCGGAGUUCGAGGACCUCGAGGGCUACCAAGUUCUCGACUCCCGGCACGGCCUCGUCCUCCUCUACUCCCCCGAAAUGGGUGAAUACUUCGUUGUCUCCGACCUCGUCACCCACGAGGACUGGGAGAUUCACGUUGACCCCAAGUGCCACGGCAUCAUGCGGUGGGAGGACGACGGCCCCGAGGAUGUGUCCGAGGGCAUACGCUGUAAUGCGGCAGUGCUCUGUGACAAGGACCUAUGUGACCACCUCGACUGCCACGGCGGUCCUUUCCUCGUCGCCUUGGUGGGCUCCGACGAUGCAGAAGGGUCAAUGGCCUUGGCUACCGUCUACUCUUCAAAGACUCGUGAGUGGAGCGACGUGAUCUCUGUUGAUGUUGAUGAACCGGAUUUAAUCUAUGACAAGGCGCACAGUGCGGUUGUGGGAAAUAAGGUCUAUGUCCCCUGUGUGGAGAGUAGCUGUGUCUUGGAGUACGACAUUGGUGAGCAAGAACUAUCAGUGAUCAGUGUGCCAUAUGAGGACCAGGACGAGAGCCAGCGUUACGUCGACCUCAUGGGGGUGGAGGACGGCAUGCUGCUGUUUGCGUCUGUGAUGAAGCCUAGACUCUAUCUAUGGUCAAUGGAGUCUGGUCCCAACGGAGCUGCAGGAUGGGCGCGACGCAGGUUCAUUGAGCUUGAACCGUUGCUCCCUCGUUCUAUCCUCCUGGACAAUUCCACCGUGUCAGCGGUUGGUUUUGCGGAAGGUGUCAGUGUCAUCUUCGUGAGUACACAAUCUGGGUUGUACACAAUUGAGCUCAGCUCAGGACGAUGUGACAAGGUAAAUGUAGAGGAACACGUUCAAAAGGCCAUGCCCUACAUGAGCUUCUACAUUGGAGAACGGGGACUUUUGGACUAAGCUUCACGCACAGUUGUUGAUGCUUCACGUAAGAAUGGCGUCAAGAUGAUGGAUCUGUUUACUUUUGCCACCCAGGAAGAAUUUGAAGUGAAGUUGGGCGCCUUUUGUUGUUGUUUGUGUGUUUGGGCGUUUGAUCUGGGUGGAUGUGCGCUUGUUCAAUUUGUGCUCGGGCCAAGACUUGACUUGGUUCGUCUGAGUUUGUGUGUACCGUGUGUAACCCCAACUGGGAAGUUAUGUUUUACCUAGCGAACUAAGUUAAUGUAUUUGUAUUAGUAGAAGGCAUGCAUGAACAUGAUCUGUGGUGACAGUAACUUAUGACUGUAGACUUCAUUGGUUGAA